GCCACGCAGGGAUAACACCGGAAUUUCUUAUAAGCACUAUCCUAUUUGUACCCCGUGACGAGCCCCCCGCCACACAUCACCACCGGACGCUCACCACCAACCUCAGCGCACCAAGGGUAGCCAUGGCUUCAUCGGUGGCCGCCGCGACGAGUACAUUCCUGGGUACCCGCCUGGCGGACCCGGCGCCGCAGAACGGGCGCAUCGUUGCGCGGUUCGGGUUCGGCGGCGGCAAGAAGGCGGCCCCCAAGAAGGCGGCAAAGUCGUCGUUCGUCUCUGACCGGCCGCUGUGGUUCCCCGGCGCAGUGGCGCCGGACUAUCUGGACGGUUCGCUCGUUGGCGACUACGGGUUCGACCCGUUCGGCCUCGGGAAGCCCGCGGAGUACCUGCAGUUCGAGCUGGACUCGCUGGACCAGAACCUGGCCAAGAACGUCGCCGGCGACAUCAUCGGCACCCGGUUCGAGAGCGCCGACGUGAAGUCCACCCCGUUCCAGCCCUACAGCGAGGUGUUCGGCAUCCAGCGGUUCCGCGAGUGCGAGCUCAUUCACGGACGCUGGGCCAUGCUCGCCACCCUUGGCGCGCUCUCCGUCGAGUGGCUCACCGGCGUCACCUGGCAGGACGCCGGCAAGGUGGAGCUGGUGGACGGGUCGUCGUACCUGGGGCAGCCGCUGCCAUUCUCCAUCUCGACGCUCAUCUGGAUCGAGGUGCUGGUGAUCGGCUACAUUGAGUUCCAGCGCAACGCGGAGCUGGACCCGGAGAAGAGGCUCUACCCCGGCGGCUCCUUCUUCGACCCGCUCGGGCUGGCAGCGGACCCGGAGAAAAAGGAGCGGCUGCAGCUGGCGGAGAUCAAGCACGCGCGCCUCGCCAUGGUCGGCUUCCUCGGCUUCGCCGUGCAGGCCGCCGCCACCGGCAAGGGGCCACUCAACAACUGGGCCACCCACCUCAGCGACCCGCUCCACACCACCAUCUUCGACACCUUCUCCGGAUCCUCUUAAUCCCGCCAUUGCUCCGUCCAACGAUCGAAAUUUGUUCUUGCAUUAACUGUGAUCUCUAUCGGCUGGAGAUGGAUGAAACAGUGCGUGGUUUGAUUUUGCGAUGAGUGAGAGGGUAUGGGAAAGAUCGAUCCUUUGUUAAUGGAGGUCUGGUUAAUUAGGAGAGCUGCUGGGACUUGGCGAUUUGUAAUAUAUGAACCAAUGAUGAAUUAAUGCGUUCACUUGUACAUCUUGAGGCGGUAUACAAUGUACCAUGGUUAAUUUA